GUCAAUCUAAGGUAGGAUUCAGUGUGGAUUCUAGUUUAGAUCACACACACUGUAGCUCAUGAGUGAUGCAAGCACAAGUGAGGAGGAGUUACUAGUGGACGACCGGAGGACUACUCGCAGGACUGCCCGCAGUCGACCCUUGACAUUCUUGGAGUUAGGUCCAGGAGACGAGAGAAGAUUGAGGAGAGAGGCUAGAGAAAGGGCAGUGGCAAGGAGAGCGAGGGCAGCUGAGGACAUUGCUAGAGCUAGAAUUACAGCUAGCAUCAGUACAGCCAUGGCUACCUCAUCUAUGACGCAACCCUCUACACAGCCCACUUCGUCAGGAGUCAGUCAGAGUGGUACUCACGCGGCCACUAGUCAGAUUGGUCAUGUGCGAGUCAGCCAAUCUCCUAUCACGCUGGAGGACUUGGAAAUUCGGCAAGCAGAAGAACUUCAAGAUGAGCUACAGCGGCAGAUGGAUGAAGUAGUAGAGAGGAGAAGGAAAGCUAUGCAAAGAAAAGCUAGACUAGAGAGUAGAUUGCAGGAGUUAGGCAGACUGGAAAGACUAGAUGAGGCAACAUUAGACCCUGCUGUUCGUGUGCUGCGAGGCGCCUUACUUUCAGUGGCGGAAGCGCAAAGCGUUCAACAGGAAUUGUUGGCUGAUUUGGUAGCAGGCCAGAAACAAAUUCUGGCUGAACUUAGGGGCAUUCGCCCAACGGCGAGGCCGCCACAGUUUGCUGUAGUUCCCCCUGUAGGUGCGGGUCCAUCAUCGAUGCCGCAAUGCACAGGGCAAACUUUCUCUCCCAUGUUUGGCACGCCCUCCCCGGGUGGUUUAGGUGCACCUAGUGGUCCGGUUCAUUCAGUCUCAACCGUACCGUCUACAACAAUGGUCACUACAGUCCCACUGUCCAGCGAGGCCCAGGUUAGUAUGCAACAACCUGUUUCAGUGGUUAUGCAGCCGCUGCAUCAAGCACCUGGGCCCAUGCAGCCGAUGCAGUGGAUGCCCAAGAUACCUCUGAUGAGUCCCAAGCCUUUCUCUGGAGACAAGAAGAGGGAGGAAGACUUGGACACCUGGGUGAGGACUGUGCCUACUUAUGUGAGGCACAAGCUCACAAGGCCAGAACAGGAAGUGGUAGUGGCUGCCUCCUUUUUAGAAGGAUCAGCAGCCCGCUGGUUGAAUGGCUUGGUGCAGCAACAGGGCUACGGUCAAGAUUUCGAUGCCUGGGCUCAGUCUCAGACAUUGGAACAGUUCGUACGCUCCGUCUACAAUAGGUGGAAUGACCCGCAAGGGGCUCAAAAGGCCACCGAUGCUAUCAACAACCUUUGUUCCUGUAGGUUCAAGGAUGUUAGAGAGCUUACAAACACCGUAGAACGCCUUCUCGUGGUACCUGGUGUGCGUUUUGACCCGCAGGUUCUCCUAAUGGAUUACCUAAGGUGCCUACCUACAGAGGUAAGGACCAAGCUGGUUGAUGAGGCCUAUAUCGACCAACACACUUUUGCUUCUUUUAGUAAGAAAGCACUGGACAUAGAGGCAAAGCUAGGAUCUGCGCAUAAGGCAUCCAAUGAUGGUAGGAAGAUACUGCCCCAAGAUUGGAAGAAAAAGGGUCAGUUAAUGUUCGUUGACCACGAUGGUCAAACGACGGAGAUUGAUGACUACUCAGAUCUUGGGGAGUUCACAGAGCACGAUGGGGGUGGCGAAACUUCAGAUGGUGGAGUCGUGGCACCCAUCAAAGAAAAGGCUAGGGGGACCGGGAAGAAGAAGGUAGUACGGUCCACGGGUCAGGGCGACCAAGGAACACCCGCAUGGGUGAAGAUUGGUUUAGAAUACGAGGACUUGCCGCGACAAGAAAGUCACAACGAAGGUAGCCUCACCAACGGUGGUGGGCCUACCUUCAAACCGUGGAAGUGCUUCUGCGAGAAGCUCACAGGGAAACACCUCGGUCCAGUAGGAGUGUUAGCUACUCUUACUCGCGCUGAAGUGGUAAGGUUGCCUUCCCCACUUCAGGCGUUGGCCAAGGCUAGUGACCCACGUAUCGCCCCGCAGACACAUACAGACCCACCGACGCUCUGUUCGAAAGAUGUGUCUGAGGCUCUAGAAGAGUUAGAGACUGAGUGGUCAGGGAAGGACCCCAGAGACUCUUGGGCGAUGAUGAGUGGAGGUCCAAAGGGUGAACAUUUCGUGGUAGAAGUAGAUGUAGGUGGCCGCAAGAUUGCCGCCUUCGCAGACACAGGCUCUACACGAAAUUUCAUCAGUCGUGCUUGUGUGGAUAGACUGCGCUUAGGAGACCAAGUGCAGCGGCUUAGCAGAACUGUAGCUUCUACGCUAGCCAACAAGCACAAGAUGGUAGUAAAAGACUAUGUCAAGGACAUAGCCUGUUCCUUCUCCUAUGGAGGAGGGGAAGUGAUCCACAAGAUCACCUUCCUGGUUAGCGACGAACUUCCUUUUGAUAUGCUCCUAGAUAUGUACUACCUCGAGGCCGCGAAACCACAGUUGGACUGGGAUAGAAAGGUAUUGAUUCACAAGUUGCCCAACGGUAGAUCUGUUAGAUUGCAGAAGUUCAAAGCUAGCAGUCUAAUAGAAAACUACGGGUGCAUGUGUGCAUCAUCUUUCUAUAACUAUUAUAAACAGAAUCGCGAGGAAGACAUGUAUCUAGUUUUUGUCUCUGAGAAAGGGGAGGCCGUAAAAUCACCCCCAGAGAUAGAAAAAAUCGUCGCUCAAUAUUCAGACCUUUUUGAGGAGCCCACAGGCGUGGUGGAAAAGGAGGUGGUCCAUGCAAUAGAGGUUGUCCCAGGUAGUAAGGUGCCUAGAGGACGAAUCUAUAGGAUGUCUCCUGCGGAGUUAGAUGAUCUUCGCCGCCAGCUUAAAGAGCUCACAGAGAAGGGAUGGAUACGGCCUAGUACCUCCCCUUACGGUGCGCCAGUCUUAUUUGUUCCUAAGAAGGGAGGUCCAUUAAGGAUGUGCAUUGACUAUAGGGGCCUCAAUGCCAUCACCGUAAAGAGCGCGGAGCCCCUACCCCGCAUUGACGACCUCUUGGAUAGAGUGCAGGGAUGUCGGUACUUCACAAAGAUAGAUCUGAAGUCCGGAUACCAUCAAAUUGCCGUUAAGCCUGAGGAUCAACACAAAACCGCAUUUCAGACCAGAUACGGUCUGUACGAGUUUGUGGUGAUGCCUUUUGGCCUAUGCAAUGCGCCUGGUACAUUCCAGCACGCGAUGAAUAGGAUCUUUCAUAACUACUUGGACAAUUUUAUCGUCGUGUACCUCGACGAUAUUCUCAUCUUAAGUAGGACUGUAGAGGAGCACGCUGAGCACUUGAAAAUAAUGUUAGGUCUCCUAAGACAGCACUAGUACAAGGUAAACUUGGAUAAAUGCGAGUUUGGUCA